CAGCCACGUCUGAGCCGCCAGCGGGGCCGCACGGGCGCGCCAUGGCCCGGCCCGCGCCAGUGGUCUACCUCACCCGGGUGCAGUGCUUCAGCGCCUGUCACCGCCUGCACAGUUGUGCGUUAUCGGAUGAAGAUAACAAGUCGAUAUUUGGCAAAUGCAACAACGCGAAUGGCCAUGGCCACAACUAUACAGUGGAGACCACUGUGCGUGGGCGUGUCCACCCCGUGACCGGCAUGGUGGUCAACAUAUCCGACAUGAAGUUAUGGAUCGAGGAGGCCAUUAUGGACGUCAUGGACCACAAGAACAUCGAUCAGGACGUGCCGUACUUCAGAGAGACAGUGUCCACGGCGGAGAACAUCGCCGUCUUCAUCUGGGAGAGCAUGCAGAAGCACCUGCCGGACGGGGUCGCCAUGCACGAGAUCAAGCUGUUCGAGACGGACAAGAACGUGGCCGUGUUCCGCGGCGAAUACCUGUGAUUCCGCCCCGCGGCGCCCUCCGGCGUACGGUGCGGCGUUCGCGGCGCGCCUGACCGCAUGCCGCUGACUCAGCGGCGCCGGCGCGAGUGGGUACGCUCUGGGAGCGGGGUGUGUUCACGCCCGCUCCGCCCGGUACCGGCCUGCGAAAACGCGAGGGCGCGAGGCACGGACCCUGCGGAAUGCUUCACCUUCGAAGGCUUGUCGUGCUCUCAUGGCGUAUUUAGAGAACUUGUCACAGUGUCGUGCGUGCCCGCAAGCCCAAGCGGUGCAUGGGCUUGUGAUAGACACAGCUGACAACUAUAUAUUGGGGCCAGAUGUCUCUCAGCGGCUGCUCAGGGUACUCGUGUCACACUUGUCAGCUUCUACAGGCGCUCUGUAAUCCAGCUUUGCUGUCGCGCCCCCUGAUGUCGGACGGCUGUUGGUGGGACCGCAUGACGCAUAUCCGUGGCCAGGGAGGUCAUAAAAACAAACAAAUCA